UUGAAAUCUGCUGACGUUGGUGGUGGUUGGGUUGCAUAUUCUCUUGCUUGAUGGGUCAGUGAGUUGGUUAGUCCGUGCUGUUUGAUUAGCCUCUGAAAGCUACGAGUACCGGAAGUAGAAUGACGUUCAAUUUACGCCAAGUGUAUGCAUUUGCUCGGGAGUACCAUCAGAAGCGGGAGGCCCAGAAGGAUGUGCAGUACGGAACGGCUGGAUUUAGAUCGCACGCUGAUCAUCUAGACUAUGUGAUGUACCGAAUGGGACUGCUGGCAGUAUUGCGAUCGCGUGCCAAAGCAGGGCAGGUGAUCGGCGUUAUGAUAACGGCGUCGCAUAAUCCAGAACAGGAUAACGGUGUCAAACUGAUUGACCCGAUGGGAGAAAUGUUAGAACAGCGUUGGGAAAAGCUGGCAACCGAUUUGGUGAACGUGAGCGAUGCCAACUUGGAAGAGCAGGUGGCCAAGAUUUGCGCUGACGAGGGAAUCGAUAACAACAACCCGGCCAAAGUUUACGUCGGUAUGGAUACGCGAUACCACAGCCCACAGUUGGCCAAAGCUGUGCUGAACGGGGUGGCUGCUAUGAAGGGAAGUGUCAGAGAUUUCGGCAUCGUAACGACGCCAAUGUUGCAUUACUUUGUCACUUGCUCAAAUACGGAUAUGGCAUACGGGCUGCCUACUGAAGAGGGAUAUAUGAAUAAGUUGCUCACCGCUUUCAAGAACAUUAGAGGAACCUCUUUUGAAACAGGAAACUACGUUAAUAAGGUAUAUUAUGAUGGUGCUAAUGGAGUUGGAUCGUUAAAAAUGCUGGGGUUCAUCAAGAAAUUUGACGGAUAUCUGGACGUGAAGGUGUUCAACAGUAAUGGAAAAAUAAACUUUAAUUGUGGCGCUGAUUAUGUAAAAACGAAUCAGAGGGCUCCGGAAGGUAUGCCUGACUUGGCGCCGAAUUCACGUUGUGUUUCGGUCGAUGGCGAUGCAGAUCGUGUAGUUUAUUACUUUACCGAUGAGGGAGGAGUUUUUCAUUUGUUGGAUGGUGAUAGGAUCGCAACUUUAAUCGCUGGAUACCUGAAAGACUUAGUUGAAAAGUGUGGCGUUGAAAUUGAAAUGGGCCUGGUUCAAACUGCAUACGCCAAUGGUGCAUCUACCGACUACAUCGUGAAUCAGUUGAAAGUUCCGGUUGCAUGCGUUCCAACCGGUGUCAAACACCUGCAUCACAAGGCUCUAGAUUACGACAUUGGCGUUUAUUUUGAGGCAAACGGACAUGGGACCAUCAUUUAUAGUACGAAGGCGAAGCAUAAGAUUCGGGCUGUCGCUGAGGAUGCUUCCCUCAAUCAAGAGAAACGGAACGCGGCAAAGUUGUUGCUCCGAACAAUUGAUCUCACCAACGAAACAGUCGGCGAUGCAAUUUCGGAUAUGCUGCUUGUAGAAACGGUUCUUCACUCCAAGGGAUGGAGUCUGACAGAUUGGCUUGCCACCUAUACCGAUCUGCCGAAUGUGUUGAUGAAAAUCAAGGUGGAAGAUCGAAACGUCAUAACAACAACGGAUGCCGAAAGAAUUUGUGUAACUCCAGUAGGGGUCCAAGAUGAUAUCAAUGGAAUCGUUGCUAAGUAUAAGAAAGGCAGAUCGUUUGUGCGUCCCUCGGGGACGGAAGAUGUCGUCCGAGUGUAUGCCGAAGCGGAUACCAAGGAUAACACGCUACAGUUGGCCUUAGAAGUGGCAAAUGUUGUGUACGAUAAAGCAGGAGGUGUUGGACCACGGCCAGAAAUGCCUAAGAUUUAGGAUUUCAAAAGACUAAACACCUAUUAUAGCUAUCAACACUGCCAUUGCAGACAGAUUUUGAAAAAAAAGUUAAUUUAACGAAUCAUGCAUUGAGAUUAUUUCAUAAGUUUUUUUACACAGCUGUUUUACACAAAUAAAAUGUAUUAUUUACCUA